AUGCCCCGCGACGGAUCAGGCCACUCGCACAACGCCGAAGAAGCCGGCGACAACCUCACGCACGGCACUCCGGCCGGCAACGAGCAACCCACUUCCUCCGGCGUUGACCGCUCCUCCAAGGCGGCUCCACCUCCUGACCACGAGACUGGCGAGGGCUUGAAGAAUGAGGAUGGCAGUGUGGCGUCGUCGGGUCAGGGGAGCAUUGGUGUGACGGGUGGCAGUGGCAAGGGUCCCAUGAAGUCGACGGUGGAUGAGCAGGCGGAGAAGUUGAGCAAGUAA